ACAAUUGUUCUGCUUUAGGUACUGUCUGGAAUGGGAGAUGUGUGGCAGCUGGGUCUCAAGGUGUGCAUCACUGCUGUGCUGCUCUUUCGUGGAGGAAGAGGGAGAGAGUUCCCUGGCAGCCUGAGCUGCCUGAAUAACUACGUGACUACUGUGAACUGUGUGUGGGCAACAGAGGAGCCAAUGGGCAAUGGACCUUUCUACCUACAUUUCACCAACCUCUGGUCCAAGGGCCACAAUGCCAGCUGCAAGCUCACUGCCAGAGAGAGCAUUCAGGAUCAGUACCACUGCACAAUCCGUUUUGCCAGACAGAUCCUGGAGACAGAUGGUUACAGAGUCUCUCUCCAAGGCAGCUUCUUUGGCCACAGUCACACCUAUGUCAGCUUUCCAGAGUACAGUCCCCGCAAACACAUAAAACUGGAUCCACCUUUGAAUGUCCAGAGCAAUGCCACUGCCAGCAAGUGUCAGAUAUGGUGGAGUGUGCCCACAUACCUUGCUGAAAUUCUUCAAUACGAGUUGCAGUACAAGGAGUACAGCAUGUCCUGGGAGAUGGCGCUGAACAAGACAGUGCCCAGCUGGCUGCCAGAGCUGGCAAUUGAAGCCUCCGAGCUCCGCAGCGGCGUGGCUUACGCUGCGCGGGUUCGCUGCAAAGUCUCUGACAGUGAGGAUUCAUACCAGAGCCAGUGGAGUGAGUGGAGCCAGACAACAGUGUUUCAGAGAGCAGAUGUACCAAAACUGUCUGAAAAGAUCCUUAAUACUAGAACUAUGCAAUUCUUGUUCAUUCCUCUGAGUUUCACCACUCUACUCUACCUUUGUUGGAACUACAAGCUUUCUUCAAGGGCGAAAAGUCUCUCGUGCUUUAACAUCCCCACACCAGCUGCUUUCUUUCAGCCACUCUAUAAUCUGCACAAUGGGAAUUUUAAGGACUGGGUUGGACCUAAUGAGGCUUGUAGCCAACACAGAAAAGAAGAGACCAGCAGCUCAAACAAAGUGACUGCAGAUGAAGUUUCUGAUCUAAACACCCAAGAAGUGAUUUCCCAGAUCUCCUUGAAAUCUAUGGACAGCACAGAUCUGGUUGCUGCAGAAGAAAAGUUCAUAUUUGGUGCAGGUCCAAGCCAGCAGUAUGUCCCCAGCAAGUAUUUAAGAGCUGACCAGACAGAAGUAAGGAUGGGACUGUUGUUCACACAAAACCAUGCUGAUGAUACAGUUGGCCUGAAAAUCUCUGAAACAAUUAAAGCCAACCUUGAGAGCCCUAGCAUGGGAAGGAAUGAUCCCACUCACUCACAGGAUGAAAAGGGCGACUUACUUACGCACCAGGAAUCCUUGGAGAUAGCUAAUGUGUCCUUCAGCAGUAGUGACUAUUGUACUUUGUGUGACAAUGACACCACAGGAGGUCUGAUUCCUGCUGAACUACUGAAGCUCUAGAAUGGUAACAGUCUUGUCAAGCAUCAGAAUGAUUAGGGUGACCUUCCCUGAGGAAUACUGCCUGCAAAGGGCUUUGUGCUGUCUUCUCAGCUCCCAACACUGUCUUUCCAAGUGGAUCAAACGGUGACUGUGCACACUGUUAAGUAGAGUUUCAAUUUCUGUACUUCAAAACCAGAAUGUGACCAACUCCUGGCUAGAAAAUACUACCUCUACUGUCAUGGCAAGCCUGACUCCAACAGUGGCUGCUGCUCAGAAGACAUAUGGCCAUACCCUUUCCUUAAUUAACCUCCUGCAGCAUCAGAAGUUCAGCACCCCUCUAGUCCAAGGAAGCAGCAGCACACUUGCUGCUUUUCCUCUGGAAGAGCUAUUGGACUUGUGUGCCUCACAGAAGCAGCAAUAUCUGCAAUGUGCUGAACCAUGAUUUAACCCUAUUUUAAAACCAUGUAUGAUUCUUCAUAAAACCACGAUAAACAAUUUUUG